AUGGCCGGAGAAAACGAAGUCCCGGUGACGGACAAAACAAUCCUAGAUUCAACAAGUCCACUGUACAUGCAUCCAUCGGAAAGCGCUGGAUCUAUGCUAGUUCCGGUAGCUUUUGACGGAACCGGUUAUAGAUCAUGGAGAAGAGGAAUCCUCAGAGCACUCUCCGUGAAAAACAAACUAGGGUUCAUCACCGGAAAAUGUAAGAAGCCAAAUCCUGAUUCUGUUAACCUUGAUCAAUGGGAACGAUGCGAUGAUAUGGAAUUAGAGGACAGAUAUGAUCAAAAUAAUGAUGCUAAGUUGCAUCAGCUCCAAAAGGAAAUAAAUGAUCUGAGCCAAGGAAAUUUGGACAUCACCGGAUAUUAUACAAAGAUGAAGAAACUUUGGGAAGAACUUAACACGCUGAACAUACAUGCCAAAUGUGCUUGCAAAUGCACUUGUAGAGCAAGAGAAAACAUGCAUAAAGCUGAACAGGAUAGAAGAUUAAUUCAAUUUCUGAUGGGGCUCAACGAAGUGUAUACUGUCGGAAACAAUAACACCUACAAUGGAUAUAAGGGGAAUCAGCUCAAUAAUAGACCUAGACCAUUCUGUGACUACUACAAGAGGCCAGGGCACACUAAGGAUAAGUGUUACAAACUUCAUGGAUUCCCACAGAAUUCCAAGUUCAAUAAGGGAAGAAGAAUUGCUGGAAAUGUGUUUGGGUCAUCAAAUGAAGCUGCUGCAAUGAAGGAUGAUGGAAAUGGCCCUCAGGAUCAGAAACAGAGUCGACACAUGCACAGUCUGACCAAAGAACAAUAUGGCCAACUACUCAACAUCUUGGAAAGUUUUCAAGGAGGAGGAGACAAAUCCACAAGCAAUACCAUCAAUGGAGGAGCUGUGAACUUUGCAGGUAUCUCAGCAUGCUCUAUUCACUUUGAUUCUAGUGACCAUUUGUGUGUUAGUUCUAGUCCAAAUGCUGACAUCUGGAUCCUUGAUUCUGGAGCCACAAAUCAUAUGACGCAUAACAAAUCAAUCCUAACUAAUAUUAAAGCCUUAGUUUACCCAUACUUAGUCACCCUACCAAAUGGCUACAAGGUUAAGGUGACACUGAUUGAUGAUGUAAUUCUAAGUCCUAAAUUCAAUCUCAAGAAGGUCCUUUUUGUCCCCAGUUUUAAGUUCAAUAUGAUAUCAGUCCAUUCUUUGACAGUUCAGCUUGGUUGUAUUGUAGUAUUCACCAAGUACAUUUGCAUUCUUCUUCUGGGCCCUUCACUGAAGAGGCCACUGGAGAUUGGUAGAGCCAAGACUGGUCUGUACUUACACUGUUCAAGCAACUGCAACACUGGUUCAACCUCCUCUAGUUCUUCUAGUGCAUCCAUUCCAUGUUUUACUAGUAAUAAAGAUAAGACACAUUUUGUGGUCAACACAUCUAGUUCACUUUCUUCUUCUCAACUAGCUAACACAAAUAAACUGGUUUAUACUAUCCCUGUUGCUUCCACUAUGGUUACCCCAUCUCAUAGUAGUAAUAGAAGUAGUCCACUUCCACAUUCACAUCAUUCUGUAAAUAGUUCAAGUAAUAAAAGUGACUCUUCUUUGUCUAGUAGUUCCUCUACUACAGAACAUUUACUUGAUCUUUUGUGGCAUAACAGAUUAGGACAUGUACCUUUUGUCAAAAUGAAAGGGAUUUCCUCUAUACCUGUCAACUUUGCACCCAAACAGCCUUUUCUUUGCCCUAUUUGUCCAAUGGCAAGACAAACCAGGCUGUCUUUCCCAGAAAGAACAACACUGGCUACCAAAAUAUUUGAAUUACUACACAUUGACUUGUGGGGCCCAUAUCAUGUUGCAACACAUAACAAAUACAAAUACUUUAUUACCCUUGUAGAUGAUUACAACAGGUCCACAUGGACUCACUUAUUACGCUGUAAAAGCAAUGCUCUACACACUAUUAAGGUUUUUUUUGCUAUGGUAGAACAACAAUUCAAUACUAAUAUCAAGACCAUAAGAACUGACAAUGGUCUUGAGUUCACCAGCCUUGAAGCCACCUCAUUUUUCCAAUCAAAGGGCAUUAUACAUCAAAGAACAUGCCCAUAUACACCACAACAAAAUGGUGUGGUGGAGAGAAAACACAAAUACCUGUUAGAAACAGCCAGGGCACUCCUUAAUCAAUCAAGAUUACCCGUGCAGCCUAAGCCCGGUUCACCUCCAUCUAACCCUCAUAAUGAUGACUCCAGACUUUCUCAGUCACCCUUGGGGAGCCAGACAUCAGGAACCUUUCCUAUUCCUGAUAGUCCAAGAGAGGCUUCUCCUAAUGCUCUUCAUACUCCAAUUGUUAUAAUCCAGGAUCAAGGAACUUCAACUCAUCAGAACCAAUCAACCUCUCCAAAUGAUAGCCAAAGCACACAGUCUUUUUCCUUCAAUACCUCUGUACCCAAACCUCUUGAUAAUUCACCUAAUGAAGAAAAUUCCAUUUGUCAGCAUUUGAUAGGAACUGGCUCACAUGAAUGUGAACCUAGAUCAUAUGAGGAAGUUGUUGUGAAGCCUGCCUGGCAAGCAGCAAUGAACCAAGAAUUCCAAGCAUUGUAUGCAAAUAAGACUUGGGACUUAGUUCCUUUUCCAAUUGGAAAGAAGGCAAUAGGAUGUAAAUGGGUGUAUAAAAUCAAACAUAAGGUAGAUGGUAAUGUAGAAAGAUUUAAAGCAAGAUUAGUAGUUAAGGGCUAUACACAACAAGCUGGAAUAGAUUACACAGAAACAUUCUCACCUAUAGUAAAAAUGACAAUUGUAAGGGCUCUAAUAGCAAUAGCAAUCAAAAAGGGGUGGCAGGUUCUACAGUUAGAUGUUAAUAAUGCAUUCCUUCAUGGGGAUGUCCAUGAAGAGGUAUACAUGGAGAUACCACCAAGCCUAGUUGUGGAGUCACCAGGUUUGGUUUUACCUCAAGGCACAGGAUUCAAGAUGACCGAAAGAAUGAGUCACAAUCCAGAAUAA